AUGUGCACGUUCAUUACGGGUGGCGAUGUGGGCCUUCCUGUCUUUGGUAGCACCUCUGUUUGGCUAAUGCCGAUCCGCGCAGAACGUAACCUACCACUCACGCAUUCUUGGCGUUGGUAUUUGUCGACGAGAAGCGCUGUCGACAACAAGACCGUCCGCAGCUCUACCGAACCGAACCACGUAAGGCCUCUCCCAAGACGCCGCUCGCGUUUUCCACUGGACCUAUUGUGUGCCGAUGACUCCUCGGAGCUUGAGGGCCAGCAUCGCGAAGGCGUAGUGAGAACGGCAUUGAGGCGUAGUACGCCUAUGUGUGCCCGAGCAUCGCAGAAAGCGCCUGUGGAAACCCCGCGAGGGAAAACGUUCGUACGACGCGAAGACGCGGUGACCUCUCGCAUCGGCCUACGCCCAACAACCAUUGGUCCGCUCCCUUCCCCGCAGCGUGCCAGAGCAUACCGUCCCCACCUCCGUACGUUGGCGGCCUCGGAACAGGCCGCGAUGGGCGUGAUUUUCGCAUCGAGCGAGGCCAGUCACUCGCCUUCGACGCUGCUCCCUCACCUGCCGGAGCUAUGUUUGGUAUCCGAGAAUGUCGACUCUUCUUCCCCGCCACAGCUCGCCACCGCGCUGCUGCCAUCGCCAACAAUUCGAAGCCACUUGCUUCACGUCAGACACGCCGCACGCCGGAGGGCCGGCAUUCUACACAGAGAGGUCGUUCGUUCCGCCCCUCGCACAUUUUAA